GUUACAGCAGGACUUGGACAUGGAUCGAGGUUUCUACAGAAAGGUGGAUGUUCCAGACCAUGCACACUACAUCGUGGCCUUCUUCGUGGCGGUCAUCGGGGCUGUGGGUGUCAUCGGGAAUGCACUGGUUAUAUACGCAUUCUUCUGUAACAAGAAACUACGCUCUCCACCCAACUACUUCAUUGUCAACCUUGCUGUGAGUGACUUCCUCAUGGCCAUCACUCAGUCGCCCAUCUUUUUUGUCAAUAGUUUAUAUAAGGAGUGGGUGUUUGGGAAAACAGGGUGUAAGAUCUAUGCCUUCUGUGGUGCUUUGUUUGGCAUCACUUCCAUGAUUAACCUGGUGGCCAUCUCCAUCGACCGCUACAUAGUAAUCACCAAGCCACUGCAGGCAAUCAGGUGGACCUCUAAACGUCGAACACUCAUCAGCAUCCUGCUAGUGUGGAUUUACUCACUGGCCUGGAGUUCAGCACCCUUACUUGGAUGGAGCUCCUAUAUCCCAGAAGGCCUCAUGACUUCUUGCACAUGGGACUAUGUCACAUCGACUCCAGCUAACAAAAGCUACACGCUCAUGCUGUGCUGCUUGGUCUUUUUUGUCCCCUUGGGCAUCAUAUCCUACUGCUAUGUGUUCAUGUUUCUAGCUAUUCGUAACACAAGCAGAGAUGUAGAGAGCCUGGGCACACAGAUGAGGAAUAGCACACUGGUCCAACAGCAGUCUAUAACAAGAGAGUGGAAACUGGCAAAGGUCGCCUUUGUGGUCAUUGUCGUGUAUGUGCUGUCCUGGUCACCCUACGCCAGUGUUACUCUCAUCGCCUGGGCAGGGUAUAGCAGCAUCCUGACACCAUAUUCCAAGGCAGUGCCUGCAGUCAUUGCCAAAGCUUCUGCCAUUUAUAAUCCUUUCAUCUACGCCAUCAUCCACUCCAAAUACAGGGACACUCUGGCUGCGAAGGUGCCAUGUCUACACUUCUUGAACAAGACUCCUCAUAAGCAGUGUGUCCCCAUUACGAACAGUGAUUUUUCAUUAAGGAAUUCAAUGCUGAGCAUGCAAUCAUCGGGGUCAAGGACAAAGUUCAACUCAGUGUCUUCAAUGUUCACUGGACAUACAGCUCCAUUGCUAAGGACUUCCCAAUCAGCUAACCAGCUCAUGGAGAAGGAGCAGAGACAUCAACUUCAGCAGGAAAUCAGCUUCAAGAACUACCUGGCUCAAGAAAAGCCAGCCAUCUUGGAUGGAGUCUCACUGAGCAUCUGUGACCAAGAUCUAGUGGCUGAGUCAGCAAACAUGGCCACCAUGCCCCUGCUCAUGACGAGCCCAGGAGAGGAUCAGAAGGACGACGAUGGACAGGAGGAACAGAUCAUGUCCUCUCAACAUCACAAGAGCUGUUUGAAGACCUUCAGCCUAAAACCACAAAACCCAUAAGACUUUUAUGAAAACAUAGGUAUGCCAAAUAUCAUCAGCAGUCAGUCACUGCCAGGUCACUCAGGGAAUGACCUGUUUGAGGAUUACAAGGUAGAAGAAGGAGAAGAAGGCUGCCCAGACCGGAGAGACCAACUUACUGCUACAACUGUUCCCAAUGGUUUCCUUAGAGUCUCUUUGAGAUUCUUGACUGAACACAAAUCUAGAUCUAAUUCUGCUCAUCAAAAUCUGUGGUAUAUAUAUUAUAAACAGACUCUAGAACUUUCUGUGGAGACCACAUCUGUACCACCACGUGUUCAUUUACUCUACUUCUCUUUUGCAGAACUUUCUGUGGAGACCAUAUCUGUACCAUGUGUUCAUAUACUUUAACACUCCUUUGUUGUCAGUACUGAUACAUCUCUAGUUAUAUCCAGUGUGUUUAGUAACAUUUUGCCCCAUCUCACACCACACCAUCUGCCAUGGCUACGUGGGUUUGAAAUCAUUUUACUAGUAAAUAGCAAUGCAAUGAUGUAAAUGUCACUUUGUACUUUGGCCAAUCUUCUCACAUUGAUUUUAUUCAGAAAAACUAGGACAAAAACAAUAUAUAGUAUGGCAAUACACUUAUCACAGCCAACUCUGGAAAAUCCUUCAAGGGAACAGAGAAGUCCAAACCUUAAACAUAACUUUUUUUUCUUCUUUUUUAAGCAUUACUUUACCUGGCAUGACUUUAGUUUUUGUUUUAAUCUUCAUUGUCUUAAUCAUUUCUGGUUUUCAUACUAAGUAAGAUUAUUUCUUCCUUUGUUCAUUUUCAUUGUUGUUUUACUUCUAUGCAUUUUUUUUAUUGUUCUUAAACCACUUUCAUCUGUAUAUUUAAACAACAGUGUGCCAUAUACAUUUAUUGUGGCUGACUGAAAUCUCUUUAUCACAAGACAUAUUGAAGCUCAAGUACUGAAAUAUACAGGUAGAGGGCAGCAAUUGAAGUUGAUUUUGUUCCUAAUUUGUUUUCUGAAGACAGUAACAUUAACUUGAAGUUGAUUUUGUGGGGUUAUAUAUGGUUACAGCACAUUUUUCAAUUUCUAGAAACAAGUUAAAACAUUUGGAAUAGUGGGACACAAGGGGUGUAACACAAAUCAAAGAGACAUGACACUAUUUUUUGGCAUUUUGAGGCAAAUUUAUUUAAAAAUAUAGGAAAUGAAGCUUGCUUCUGGGGGACAUUGCUAACAAAAUUUUAUUGAUUGAGGAUUUUAAAGUAAAUUUCCUAUUCCUAACAAAAACAAAAGAAAAAAACUUUAAUUUCUCUCUAAGCUAAAAAAAAGCCUGUUCCCAAAACAAAUGGCACCCCUACAAUGUUCAUGCAGCUAUAGUGGCACAGUUAUCUGGUAUUUACAGUGUGACUUUCUGAUGUCUGAUAUUUAAGCCAUAGGUACAAAGAAGCUGAUAAAAAAUUUUAAAUACAGUGUAUCAUGUGUAUGUCAUGUAUAUACAUUAUUUACAGAGCUAGCAUAAAGGAGCAAAGUUCAAGGCCUGGCAUAUUGCUGAAAAUUGAUUGAAAAUUGCUAAGAUAGCAUAACUCAGUAGUAUACAAAGUUCAAGGAUGAGCAUACAACAAAGAAUCAGCACCAUAUAGGAUAAAGCUGAGUUAUUUAAAAAAAAAAGAAAAAAAAGGAGUGUCAGCUGUUAACUGGGACUGAUGUGAUGGGCCCAAAUGUGGCACCACUGUCUCUGGCAGUCUCCAUUUUAUAUUUUUCUAAAGUACUGAUAUCAAUCCCAAUCUUCCAAUCCCAUUGUUCUCUUCUGGGAGUGAGAUAGAAAGACCGAAAGACAAGAAAUAUGUUCAGGAAUGUAACAGUAUGGUUUUUUCUUACCAAACACACUUCUCUUGACAGCCUUGUGUUCACACUGUUAUUAUGUUUGUAAUACUAUAUGUGACUAUGUGUCUAACUUCGGAAGAGGAUCGUCAUAUAGGAGUAACGUCUAUAUGCAAUGAAAAAGCAGUUUAUUUGUGUGGUCUGAUAAACCAGUAUGCAAUAUUUCUCAGAGACUGCUUCGUGACAUUUGCUGGGAUGCUUAUUUUAUAAUUGCUUUUUCUCCAUUUGAGUUCUUGCAGAUGUUGAUUUAAAGGCCCAGUCAGUUUAUAUGGAAAUGAAAUAUUUUGUAAUACAUUCCAAAAUGUGAGUAAGAUAUUACUCUUUUUGUAUGGGUUAUGCACCAAGCGUCACUCAAACUAAAAAAAUAAUUUUCUGCAUUAGUUAACAUAACACUGUACCUUAAUCCUGAGGUUUGUUCAUGUUAGCUUGUGUAUUAUAUAAUGUCAAUUACAUAAUGUCACCCAGUUUCUCCUGUUUCUUUUGGUUUCUGAUGAGAUUUAUCAGGGAACACUGUAUAAGCUAUGUUAGACACUAUGUUACUCAUAUCACUGUAUGCAGGAUCGUGAGUCUGCUUUGAAUGUGCGUAAUAUAUACAUUGAGAAUACACUUUAUAUUACCAGUGAUGACUCACACAAACUUUCUUUUCAUGUUUUAUAUGUGUUUGAAUUGAACAGGUGUGAAAUAUUUGCUGUAUGAUAAUCAUCAUGGUUUUCAGUAUAUCACAUAUCUUCUCACAACUUGGCAGUUUCAAAGUAGUUAAUAUGUAAGGAAUAAAAAACUUAGAGGUGUGCAGUUAUGGGAAAAUAAUCAACAUGAGGUGGUGUGUUCCAGCUUAACACAAAGUAGAGUUGCUGUUACCACCCCGAAGUUGAUUAUUUUCCAAUAACAGCAUGUCCCGAAUAGUUUUUUUUUUCUCUUACAGUAUGGUAAUUUGCCAACGGUUAAAAUAUUUUUAUUUAUUAAAGAACAAAAUGUCAUACUUUUUAUCCAUUUAUAGUGACAUUUAAUGUUGUGGAAUGUCUGUGAAACAAGUUAG